AUAAACUUAUUAAAUAGAUUUGUUUUUGUGAGACUUGAUAUGUCCUCUAUUCCCAGUUCAGGACAAGUUUCCUCUGCUGAUGGCCUAGGGGGAGGAGGAGGGGCAGGGGUGGGCGUGACAGUGACAGGCUCUGAUGGGUCGGAAAGAGAUCCCUCGGACUACCUGUCAAUAACUCCACUGGGAGCCGGCCAGGAAGUGGGGAGAUCAUGCAUUAUGCUGGAGUACAAGACUAAGAAAAUUAUGCUUGACUGUGGCAUUCACCCAGGUCAUCAUGGGUUCGAGUCACUUCCGUACAUCGAACACGUGGAACCCUCUGAGAUUGAUUUCCUUCUGGUCACGCAUUUCCAUUUGGACCAUUGUGGGGCACUGCCCUACUUCCUGACAAAGACUGCCUUCAAAGGAAGAUGUUUCAUGACUCAUGCCACCAAAAGCAUCUACAAGCUACUCAUGUCGGAUUACCUCAAAGUCAGUAACAUCGGAUCAGAUGACAUGCUUUUCUCAGAAACAGACUUGGAUGCAUCGAUGGAGAAAAUUGAAACGAUCAAUUUCCAUCAGGUUCAGGAGAUUAGUGGCGUGAAGUUCUGGUGCUACCAUGCUGGCCAUGUGCUGGGUGCCUGUAUGUUUAUGAUUGAAAUAGCCGGAGUCAGGGUGCUGUACACUGGAGACUACAGCUGUGAGGAGGACCGACAUCUGAUGAAGGCAGAGGUGCCCCAGGUCAAACCACACGUCCUCAUAUCAGAAGCAACCUAUGGGACUUAUCUGCACGACAACAGAAUGACGCGGGAGACUAGAUUCACAGGCAAAGUGCACGAGAUCAUCAGAAGGGGAGGCAGAUGUCUCAUUCCUGUGUUCGCUCUAGGCAGGGCACAGGAACUCCUGCUCAUACUCGAUGAGUACUGGUCGCAGCAGCCGGAGCUACAGGAUGUGCCCAUCUACUACGCCUCAUCCCUGGCCAAGAGGUGCAUGCCAGUCUACCUCACCUUCUCCAAUGCCAUGAACGAGAAGAUGCGCAAACAGAUGGCACUCCGCAACCCAUUCGCAUUCAGACACGUCUCAAAUCUCAAGAGCAUCGACCACUUUGACGACAUUGGGCCCUCAGUGGUGAUGGCCAGUCCAGGUAUGAUGCAGUCUGGCCUGUCUAGAGAGCUAUUUGAGAGCUGGUGUACUGACUUCAAGAAUGGAGUCAUCAUUGCCGGAUACUCAGUUGAGGGAACCAUGGCCAGGGACAUCCUGGCCCAGCCCGAGGAGGUGACUUCGAUGAGUGGGAUGAAGCUGCCUCUCAAAUGCAGUGUGGACUACAUCUCCUUCUCCGCCCACGUCGACUACAGACAGGUGUCCGAGUUCGUCAGGGCACUACAGCCGCCGCAUCUGAUACUAGUGCACGGUGAGGAAACAGAGAUGGGCCGACUGCACAAUGCACUGGGUAGACAGUACGAGAACAGUGCCAGCUACCAGCCCAAGAUGUACAUGCCCAAGAACAGCCAGAAGGUCCAGCUAUUCUACCCCGGAGAGAAAAUGGCCAAGGUGAUGGGAAGUCUCGCAGUUCAGAAACCCCAGAUGGGACAGAAGGUGUCUGGGGUGCUCCUUAAAAGGAACUUCAACUACCACCUUCUGAAUCCAAAAGACAUAAAUCACUACACAGAUUUGACUAUCAGCCGACUGAGUCAGAAGCUGUCAGUUCCGUUCACUCGCAGCUUCGCCACAGUACAGGUGGUGUUGCAGCAGCUAUGUGGCCUGGAUGACGUCAUCCUCAACCAGGGAGUGCGCUUCUCCCUUAAAGUCUACAACAACUCCAUCACGGUCACCCUCGAGGACGGAAUAUGCAUUCUAGAGUGGGAGGCAAGUACAGUGAGUGACAUGUAUGCGGAUGCGGUGGUGGCAGCUCUCCUCAAGAGCGAGGAGGAGAAAGACGAACCAUCGGCUAAGAGGGCUGGAAAGUCCUCCCUGUUGGAGGUGAGUGGUGAAGCGGAGUUGGGAGACUGCAUGUUCCAGCUGCUGUGUGACAUCUACGGGGACGGGAGUGUGUCCGCCCAUCCAGAACACCAACAGGUCAGAGUGAGGCUGGGAUCACACAUGGCUGCAAUCGACCUGAAAACAUUCGAAGUAAUAUGUGAAGAUGACGUUGACUUGAAGCUGAACAUCGAAGAGAGCAUCUCUAGGCUUAAAGUGGCCAUGAAAGACUGUCUCCAGAACACAAACUGAAAGCUCCAAAUAACGUCUCUCAAACAUGAUUUUAGUGCAAUUCUAUAUCACUUCUUGAUUCUGUUAGUCCCCGCUAAGUGUUUUUCUUUUGAAUUAAAUUAUCAUAAUA